UCACCUGGGUUCAGAGGUGCGAUCGGAGAGGAGCGCGUGAGGACAUCAUCUUGACGAUUCACUGCCGAGGACUUCUAUAAAGACCUUGACACAGCCUCCUACCUUCAGGUUCAAGUCAGUUCCAGAGAUGUCCACUACCAUGGCAACGAUGCUGGCGCUACUUGGUUUGGCACUGGUCGCUCUACUGGGAAGUGUAGAAGGCCAAACCUGCGAGUAUCCGCCAUGCCCAUCCGACUACCCGGAAACGCUCUGCUUCCCGUACUGGAGAAACUGUGACUACUACUACAACUGCACCCGGGGUGUUGUCACCAUCCAGCGAUGUCCCAACGGCAUGGACUUCGAUUUCUACUCUUACGAGUGCGUGACCCCGCCGACCUCCAGAGCCGACCUUCGCUUGACCUGCAGGGUGCUGGUCAACGGAAUCCCAUAGCAACGUCUUGUUUACAAAUCCGUCACCACUCGGGAUAUCGAACUUUUGAAAAAAUCCAGCCUUUGCCGCAUCAUUGAGUGCCUUCAUUCUUCCUCUGCUAAAGAACUAAAGUGUCUUUUAACUUUCUUCAGGAAAGAGUUUUAGAUCUUCUCAUUAGUUUCCAUGACAAAUUUAAAGUCGGGUGGAUAUGCUUGAUGAGUUACGAUUGUUUGGGAGAUUCAAAGCAAACUGUUUACCAACACGUUUCUUCUGGUCAUCAUGCAUAUUUAUGUUUCUCAGGUCUGUGGGGGGGAAUAUUGUAUGUCACAGCCAUAGAAAACCUGAUGUUGUAGAAAAGUAAGGUAUCUUUAACAUGAGUUAGUUCCGGUUUCAAAAUUUUGACCCCAUGUAUAUUUGUCAGCAUGGCAACACUACAAUUGUCGAAGACCAUUCUGUAAAGAUUGUAUAUAGAGACAGGCUGGUUAUAUUUUCUUUGUGUUCAUCUCUUUUGUCUGUCCAGGCCAGCAGACAGUAGCCUUCUUGAAUUUUUUCGUGUCUACACUUGAUCUAAUUGUUUUAAGCGACAUAAUAUUCUCUUCUCUGAUUUUUUAAUAUAUAAUUUUUGUAUACAGUGCAAGCAGACAAGAUAUUUCACAGGACAAAAUAGAAACACAAACAUGUCAUUCCGUCUUUCAAAA